GUGAAUCGACAGCGAGAUCUGGUCAACAUGCCUUCGAUUCGUCCGCUUCGCGCAGAGCUACAGAAAAAUGCCAUCGAGCAGCUGAAUGAGGUGCCGGAGCGCCUUGAUCAGGAUAUUGCUGCACUGCGUCUGUGGAUCGAGCAGCAGCCACAUUUAAAGGCACGCACAGAUGAUCAGACCUUGGUUAACUUUCUGCGUGGCUGCAAGUUCAGUUUGGAGAAGACCAAAUCCAAAAUGGAUCGAUUUUAUACGCUGCGCACCAAAUAUCCGGAUUACUUCUUGGGUCAUAAUGUGGAUGUGGAUAAGUUGCUCGUUCUGUUUCGGAUUGGCAACGCCAUAGCGCUGCCACGCCCACUAAAUGACAAUGGUCCUCGUAUAAUCCUUCUGCGCAUGGGAGCCCAUAAUCCGGAUAUGUAUCACUUCCUAGACAUCAAUCGAGCUGGAUCUCUAAUGCAUCAGAUAAUGCUCAAUGAGGAUGACGAUGCCAUUGUCAAUGGCUGCAUACACCUGUUAGAUUUGACUAACCUCAAAACAGGACACUAUCUACAGAUGACGCCCACGUUAUCUAAAAGAAUGACUGUGUUCCAGGAGCAGGCUUUACCCAUGCGCACGGUGGGAACACAUUUCAUAAAUACACCCGGAGGCUUUGACAAGAUCUUCAAUAUGUUCAAGCCGAUGUUGUCCAAGAAACAACAGAGCAGGCUUUAUGUGCACGGCAACAAUUUGGAGUCACUGUACAAGCAGAUACCACAAAAGUAUUUGCCCGUUGAGUACGGUGGCGAAAAUGGUUCUGUGCCAGAGCUAAUCAAGGAGUGGGAGGAACGCAUCAAUGCAAACAGAAAUUACUGGGUGGAUGAGGCUAAUUAUGGGACGGAUGAGCGAUUGCGAUUGGGCAAACCCAUCGAUUUCGAGAGUCUAUGUGGAUUCGAGGGUUCCUUCAGGCAACUAAAUGUCGACUAA